CUUUAAAAUCAUCAAACGACACUUUCUUCUUCCUCUCGCUGUUGCACUUACAGGUGAGUAAUCUGUUUAAAAGAACUGUAAUCUAGAAACCAAUCGAUCGAAGAUUGCUCCUAUGGCAGAAGACGAGGAGAUCAAAGACGAGAAGAACCCUCGUCCUCUCGACGAAGACGACAUAGCACUCCUGAAAACCUAUGGUUUAGGGCCAUACUCUAACAGCAUUAAAAAGGAGGAGAAGGAAAUCAAGGAAUACUUGAAGAAAAUCAACGACCUCUGUGGUAUCAAGGAAUCUGAUACUGGUCUAGCUGUACCAAGCCAGUGGGAUCUUGUUUCUGAUAAGCAAAUGAUGCAAGAGGAACAACCCCUUCAGGUUGCAAGAUGCACAAAGAUAAUCAACCCGAAUACUGAGGAUGCCAAGUAUGUCAUUAAUGUCAAGCAAAUUGCAAAGUUUGUGGUUGGGCUGGGCGACAAAGUUUCCCCUACAGAUAUAGAAGAAGGCAUGCGUGUUGGGGUUGAUCGUAGUAAAUACCAGAUUCAAAUCCCUUUGCCUCCAAAAAUUGAUCCAAGUGUGACGAUGAUGACUGUAGAAGAAAAGCCGGAUGUAACAUAUAAUGAUGUUGGUGGAUGUAAAGAGCAGAUCGAAAAAAUGCGAGAAGUAGUUGAGCUUCCCAUGCUGCACCCAGAGAGAUUUGUGAAGCUUGGUAUUGAUCCUCCAAAGGGUGUACUAUGCUAUGGUCCUCCUGGAACGGGCAAAACACUUUUGGCCAGAGCAGUAGCCAACAGAACUGAUGCAUGCUUUAUCCGUGUUAUUGGUAGUGAACUAGUUCAAAAAUAUGUUGGGGAAGGGGCUCGCAUGGUUCGAGAGCUUUUCCAGAUGGCACGCUCAAAAAAAGCUUGUAUUGUGUUUUUUGAUGAAGUUGAUGCCAUAGGCGGUGCACGUUUUGAUGAUGGUGUGGGUGGAGAUAAUGAGGUUCAACGCACCAUGCUUGAAAUUGUGAAUCAGCUUGAUGGGUUCGAUGCUCGAGGAAACAUCAAAGUUUUAAUGGCAACAAACAGACCUGAUACCCUGGACCCUGCACUAUUACGUCCAGGCAGGCUAGAUCGCAAGGUUGAGUUUGGGCUGCCUGAUUUGGAGAGCAGAACACAGAUUUUCAAAAUCCAUACUCGAACAAUGAACUGCGAAAGAGACAUUCGGUUUGAGCUUCUUGCACGUCUCUGUCCUAAUUCCACUGGAGCUGAUAUUAGGAGUGUAUGCACCGAGGCUGGGAUGUUUGCCAUUAGAGCACGCAGGAAGACGGUAACAGAAAAAGACUUUCUUGAUGCAGUAAACAAGGUCAUUAAGGGCUACCAAAAGUUUAGUGCAACACCGAAGUACAUGGUUUACAACUGAAGGAGAGGUUGUCCUUGCUGGAUGAUGUGCCAGAAAUAUCUAUUUGUCAGAAUUGGAUCUUCACCAUUUUUCGGUCGAGCUCUACAUUCUUCCCUUUUGUUUAUUUGGCUCCAUUGGCAUUAUGUUGACUUUAUCUUAUGUUUUGUUCCAUCCUGCCGUCAAGGACGUGUUUAAUAAAAAAAAAAAAAAUACUUGUCCAAGUUGAAUAUCAUCACAAUGCCUAGUCAUUGACAUGUUGUUGA